AUGUUGGUGAUGUUCAGGUGGCACUGCAAACACACGGUAACCAGUGCAGGCAAUAUUCUUAGGCAACAGCGCAAACCCUUUUCUGGUGUUCAGAAGCGUGCUGAAGAUGAAGCUGCCAACAAGUGUUUGAUUCGAGGUGGCUUCACUGGUACUACUUCAGCUGGCCCCUCUUCUACACACGAGGCUGCCACUACGGCCGAUGCCACUUCCGAUGCUACUUCAGCUGUAGAGACUUCUACAGGCCCUACGACCGACGAAAAGACUGUAGAGUCUACUGGAACAACUUCUUCUGAAGACAAGACCACCGAGGCUACUACCACACAACCUGAUACUGUUUUGCAAACCACCACACCAAGCACUCUCAUUACCACCACCAGGGCUUCUCCUAAUACUAUCACAUCCGUUGUGACAACCGAUCCAGCGGCCACUAGCGAGGAAGUCCGUACCUACUACCCUUGCAAUAUCUUUGGCGGACCACGCGUCGCGAACCCAUACUGUCAAUGCAGCACCACAGUCUCCGGCAAGCAAUAUGUCACUUCGGCUUCUCUGAUCGACAACAGCUGCGAGGCCUAG